AUGAGGGUUGAUUACACGAACCGGCAUCGAAACGAAAUGCGAUCCAAGCAGUUGGAGUUUUUGCACGCCUGCUCGGUGGGCGAUGAGCGGGCCGUCUUGAACGCCCUAAACAGUGGAGCCGUCGAGAUCACUUUCAAACAUCACCUCAACUCCAGGUAUGACCGAAAAAUGGGAGUUUCACGGCCUGGACCUUUUCAACAUGAAGAAAAGCGAGUUAGUUUCCUUUUCUGACGGAACUGUUACGAAACUUGGCUUGGCUCCAAAGAAGAAUCUUAAAAUUCGCGUUGAAACGUUGAAGAAGACAUUGAGAAAAGUUUAUUCAGUGAAUGGAAUUUGAAUACCAUGUUACAUUUUUAUUAUUCUCACUACACAUCAGAAAUUGAAUUUAAGCCUAGCAAAAGUUGUAGUUAAGGCAAAUAGAAGACUCUUUUCACACAGUAAUCUGCAAAAAUCUAGUCUGAUCGAAAAUUCAUGCCGGCAUGUUUAACGGGGCAUUAGAAAGGCCUUACUAGAGUAUGGUCUCCCCUGAACAUCGAGUUGAGAAUUGAGACUAUGUAGGUUUGAUGGGCCUGGGUAAGAGUUCUCAGAAUCAAAAAUAAAAUUCUGCUAAACCCCUCAGGCAACUGAGGAAAAGCUCGUCAACAUUUUCCAAGCGCGUAUAUGGCCGCGCUCGGAGCCUUCGGCUAGCAACUGUCGGCGUGGUGUAGUGGUAGUGGUCUCCCGAAGCUUGCCAAUAUUGUGACCAGGGUUCGAAUCCUUUUGGCGGAUAUCAUUUUUGCCGACUUAUAACUUCAUCAUUUUCAUAUUUUCAAGAAAUUUUUCAAAUAAUUACACUAAGAAUUUAUGAGAAUGACAACAAAAAUAUAAUGAUUGCAAAAAAACUCAUUCUUAAAAAAAUUUUUUUUUGAGUGUACAAGGCUAAUGACAACCACCUGAACGAAAAAAAUUCUGUCAUACUUUUUAAAUUUGCAGAAAAAAAUUUACCUCCUGAAUUAUGAAUUUCGAAUUUUUUUAUAGAUUAGAUUGUUUCUAUCAGUAAUUGUACAUAAAAAAAUAUUUAAAAAAAGAGUUUUAGCAAUCAUUAUAUUUUUUUGUUGUCAUUCUCAUAAAUUCUUAGUGUAAUUAUUUGAAAAAUUUCUUGAAAAUAUGAAAAUGAUGAAGAUAUAAGUCGGCAAAAAUGAUAUCCGCCAAAAGGAUUCGAACCCUGGUCACAAUAUUGACAAGCUUCGGGAGACCACUACCACUACAACACGCCGACAGUUGCUAGCUGAGGGCUCCGAGCGCGGCCAUAUACGCGCUGGGAAAAUUUCGACGAGCUUUUCCUCGGUUGCCUGAGGGGUUUAGCAGAAUUUUAUUUUUGAUUCCGAGAACUCUUACCCAGGUCUAUCAAACCCACACAGUCUCAAUUCUCAACUCGAUGUUCAGGGGAGACCAUACCCUAGUUAGGACGGAAUUUCUUCCCUGCGCGAUUUCGCGCUUUCAAACACCCCAACAAAAAGUUUUCACUGACUUUAGGCCCCCCCCCCCGUAGGGAAAUACUGAGAAAUUUGGUGGUUUGAAAAAAAAAGAUCAGCGAAUUAGCGGACAGCGACUUUUCCGAUUUUUUCAUAUCGCUUCGGAACUUCCUGACGGCGACGUUUCCGACUAAUCCCUUUCCUGUUUUUUCCUAUGUUUUUCGUUUUUUAGAAGAUUUAUAAAAAUGUUUUCAUUUUUCUUUGUGUUUUCAAAAGAAUUAGUCGGAAGGGACGCCGUCCGAAAUUUUGCUGGUUCGUACCACUGAAUUUUUGAGACAUUAAUAUCCAAGAAGCGAAGAUUCUCAGAGCCUCCGGCGGCUGUUUAAUUCUCUAGCAUUUUUCGAUUGCUCUCCAUGUGAAAUAUCCUGAAAAUCGCCUGAAACUUGGACUGACGAUAUUGUAAGACGACAGCUGCGGUGUGCACUCGAACUCGCUCGCCAAUUGACCGCUUGCUUUUCUUUUCCGCGAGUCGCCACUCCCUGGUGUCACUUUUCGAACACUUUUUUUCUGUUUACAAGCUUUCGGAAAUUUCGUGGACCACUUCCUCUUCUAAUAAUGUGCCUGCAAGACUUCCAAGUUUGCUCCAGCAAACUAGACGGUUGAGUAGAGCACAUUGAUCAACGUGGACUUACGUCAACUUUUUUAAAAUUUUGUUUCAUUGUUCCUUUUCAAGGUUCUCACUCCUUUCCCUUCAGGACGGCGUUGCACUGGUCUGCCGUCCGAGGCCACGAAACGAUUUGUCUGAUUCUUCUAGACUUUGGUUUUAGCCGGGACGACAUUGACAGCGCCGGCAAAACUCCAUUCGAUGUGAGACAUUUGUUCUGAGUUGUUAGUUGGAAGAAAAUCAACUUUUUUUGUUGGAAACGUAAAAUGAAUUAGGGAAAGGCGGUAUCACGGUUUCGAAAAUUGAAUGAUGCGGAGUAUCAUAAAAAUUGAUGUUUUUCGUAUUUCUCUCAAGACCAAAUCUCGCAAAAUUUGAUAUUCGUUCAUGUUCUGAAUCUUCGGGGCCCGUUUCGAUAUACCCAUGGAGCCAUAAAAUAGGUUCUUUCGCUCAAUUUUAUUUUUCAUAGUUGAAUGCCGUCAUGAGACAUUGAAGAGGAUUCCAAAGGUAUCUGUACGAAAAGAAGAUGUUUAGACGAGUUUGUAAGGUUUUAGGUUCAAUGUUUUUCCUCCACCAAACAGCUUGUCACUUGCAGCUUUGCCCAACAACUAACGGGACUUUGCGGGAGAUUUUGAGACCGAUAAACAAGAGAUCAUCAUCUUCCUCGACAGAAAAUAUGGUGAAAGGUUUGAUGGAGAAAUUUUAGGGAAUCCCCAGAACGGUGUAGAAAUUCGGUUUCGAUCAAUCGAGAUAUAGGAUUGCAGCAGGUUGCUUUGAAAUGGUUUUUCUCAGUGGUGAUUCAUACGGCUGGCUUGAGCAGUCGAAAAAUGAGUCCUGACACGAAAAAAUAGAUACAGUGCCUGGUUUGUUGAUAGCGUUCUCAAACAGGCUCGGAAUCGGCUCUAGAGAAUUCAUUUUUUUUUUGUUUGAGGAGAAUUGAGAUGAUCUUUGACGAAUAUGACUUCUCAGGAGAGUGUUACAAAUCGGAGCCCUCAUCACCUAACGAUUUCGUCCCCAACUACAUCCGUCAUCCGCCUUUUCCAUACAUCAAAACAUCCUUCGACAAUUGUGGCCCACCCCCAGGUUCCCUUUUGUUUUAUUUUGUUCAAAAAACACAAGUGAGGCUAUUCCACUGGGAGGUUCAGACGUCACAAGGACCCCUAGCCUGGGUUCCGUGUGUUAUAUAAACUGGAACUUUUUGGUGUUCUCGAAAAAAUAAGUUUUUGCUGGUCGGGGUUCUGAGAAUCUUUGUUUGGCAGAUACAUGAGAAAAGUCCAAACAGCCUCAAACGGCCUUAAAAAGAAUCUAGAGCUUCUUUUUGAGUUACUACAAAGGUGUCAAAAGCUUCUCUGAAUCUCCCUUUUAUCACCUUUUUCGCCUUCUUGUUUUUUUUUUCUCCAAAAAAAAGACCGAGAAAAGAAGAAACGAGCCUGUGAGGCCUCUUUCUCAAAGCUUACUAUGGAACGUUUUUUACCUCCGGUUGAACGUUUGAUGAAACUUUGCGGAAAUGUACUUCAGGACCUCAUGAUUGCAGAACAAGGGAAAAAAAUUUCACGCAAUAUAUCUCGUUUUCGAGUUAUGAAGCUUCAAAGUUCGUAAAAUACGCAAAUUAUGGCAAAAAAGCACAGCACUAUUUUGGACUUGUGAAGCUUCUCAACUCGAAAACCAGAUUCAUACAUUUUUUUUUCUUGUUUUGGCAUCUGCGGGUCCUAAAGUGCACUUCAGCAAGGUUUCAUUAGAAGUUGAACCGGUGGGUAAAAAACCUUCCCUAGUUAGGACCUUCUGGAUAUUCGAGCCAAUCAAUUGUCGGAAAUUUCGGAAACUUCUAGUUAAGGACAUUCGUUGUCUUUAUCAUUUUAUACCAAAUAAGAACUUGAGGAUCUCCAACUGGAUCUACGGUUUACUCAUACGGACGCCGUGAUUCGCUGACUAAAACACGUUUUCUCCUUCUCCGCACAAGGUACAUUUUAGUUGACAUGGAAAAAUGUAGACGGUGCUGGUUGGAAAGAUUUAAAGAAUGAUUUGAAAGAAUUUUGAGCAUACAUGGCCCAUAGGGAAAGUCGGGGUCGAUAAAGGCUUCAUAGAAAUAAUUCUUUAAGGGCGACAAAUGCACCUUUUUGCGGCUAUUUUUGAGUCUCCCUCUUUUAGCAAUCAUUAAUCCGACUUUGCCCGAAAUUACAGAACUCAAUCCAGAAGGAGGGGUUGACCUACGAAUCUUUAUGUGAAUAAAAACAAAAAAAGAUUAUUAACCUCAGGGAGAUAGCUUGAAACAAUUUCAAAAAAAGUUUGAACCUCAGGUUCAAGAAAUUUGGAAGGAAUGGUUAUCGACCUUCAAAAUAGUCUGCUUUUCAGUCUUGAGGUCAAUUAAAGAUGUACAAUUAAUAAUCCGUUUUGGAAGAGCUUUUGAAGGCGGUUGUUUGUAGCGUGGACCAAGGCAAGGAGACUUACAAGCGAAUCACACUCGCUGGCGGAUCGACCGUUGAGCGCCUCAGACUCACCAUAGAGCGGGCGUGCAAGGGACGACGCGUCGACGCCGUUUUCACCCUUCCAGACAGGGCGAGUCUUCUCCUAACCGUCAAAAGCGACUCCAAAGCUUUGCCCGAGUUUUUCCCGUCUCGAACCUUCUUUAUAGGCUCCUAGUCAGUGAACCGAAGAUUGAGAAGGGUAUGCUUAAAAUGUUUCCUUACACUCGAAUCAUAUCGUUUCUAACUCGAUUCUCGACUUUUACAAAUCACGAAUUCAAACUGGCUCCCAACUUAUAACAAAAUACGUCUCUGACUGGGUUAUGCCCUUGUUGGCUAAAGCGACCUUCUAGUGUUCGGUAGUGAAUUUGAACCGAAAAUGAAGGUCAUUUCACUUUUUUUAAAAGAAAUUCCAGAAAAAUAGACAUAAAACUUCUUGAUGUACAGAUGAAGUUCCUGAGAGUCUCAACCGGCACAGCUUCCCAGUUUUUGAGUCGAAUAAAACCCUUAGAAUCCCCCAUAAUAGGCUAUGUUUGUGCCUUGAUUACUCGAAAACGAUGAAUUUGUGCAUGUUAAGACUUUCAGAAACUUUUCUUGGUGCAUUAAAAAGUGCUCUGGCCAAUUGUCAGGAAAUUUACAACCGCAAAGUAAAAUGACCUUCCUUGCGAGCUUCUAUCAACCUCAAAGGGAGACCAGAAGUUGUAGUGUUGAAAAACUAAGGGAUCCGUUCAAGGUAGAUUUCGACGUGUUUAAUAGCAGUGUGGAUAACAUCUAAAAAACGCCAUCAGAUUUUUUAAAAUUCUGUCCGUUUAUAGUUGUAAUUUCCAGGUGCUGAUAGAGGAAGAUGAUCAAAUCCAUCAAUUUGCCGACUGUCAGAAAAUAGAUGUGAUUUUCUCAGAGGAAAGUUCGUCUCCUGUUCCAGUAAGAUUUCUGUUUCAUUUUGCUUCUCUAGGAAAUAAGCAUAUAUACGAUUUUUAUAUGGGGAGAGUACCAUUUGAAACAAUUUUCCAAGAAAUUUCUUCUGGGGGACGCGUUUAUGUUCUGUAGAAAAGACGGAAAAAUAGGUUUUGAAGCGAAGUGUAGUCAAAUUUGAUUCCAUUUGGUAUAUGACCUUUUUGGCAGAAAAAAAAAACGUGAAAAGCUGGCUCGGAUUGGGCUUAUUAACCGGCCACUUGCACUGUCCUAACGCCGUGUUCAAAGUGAUUUCCGCGAAAUGCAAAAUGGCCUCUGACUCUCCAAAACUUAGUUGUAUUUUUCUUUCUCUGACGGGCCUUUUGCAUUCGCGGAAUCACUUUGAACACAGCAUAAAAAUGCUUGCCACACCUGUUCGAAGCGUUUGGCCACCAUACGGUUUUCUGGCGAAAUGCGCUCUACUGAUGAAGCAAUGAGGAAAUUUUCAAUUUUUAACUUAUAUUCUUUUUAUUUCGCUAUUAAUGGCAAAUGCAUACUCACGGAGGCGUUGCACAAAAAUAUGAAAAAAUUUGAUGUGUUCAAAAGACACGACGCAGUGUGAACCGGACGAUAGCCUCGCGCCAGACAACUCUCAACAGGGCUGAACAGCCGAGGUGCCGCUGGCCAAUGAGUGUUUGUGUGUAUUGUGUGCAAUCACUCUUGUUUUUCGCGCUCUGCGCCGCACAACUUUGAGUUUUAUCCCCAGUCUUCUCGUUUUUGUUCUUCUUUUAUUUGAAAUAGCUCAUUGCAUGUUCAAUUGAUUCCGCUAAGUUCACAAUAGCCGUCAAAAAAUGGAAUCAAAGCUUUAAGAGUCAAUAAUUUUGCAUUUCGCAUACAUUACUUCGAAAACGCCAUCAUUUUGACUCUUCGGUAAUCCGAGAAACUGUGCAGAUAGGAAUUUACGUAAACUAUCGGUUAAUCUUCUUUUUGGCUGACAAAUCAAAUUACUACUUUUAAUUCGUAUUUUUCAAACGUAAACAAGAGGAGACUCGAGUUAUUUUUUCCUACGGAUGCUCGAAGUGAUAGCAUCAUAUCACGUGAUUGGGAGAAGGUUUAGCACUGGGAAAAAGAUUCAUAGGAUAAAGAUCAUCAAUCGUAUUUUUUUCCUUUUUCAAUGGUGAUUUUCAAUCAUUUUUGCAGUUGGGCGACUCAAAAAUGUCAGAAACUCGGCAGGUAGCCGACCUUCGUGGUAAUAUUUAAUUUUUUCGUUCAAUAUAAUUUUUUAAUUUUUUGUUUAGAAGUUCGAGUGGAAGGCCCUGACGAAGUCGCCGAGAAAAUUGAGGAAGAACCGAGGGUUCGUCUACAUUUUUCAUUGUUUGUCGUCAGAAAUCGGUAAUCAAUUUUCGCAAAAUGCUUUGUAUUUUAUCACCACUUUGAAAUUUAGAGUUAUUUUUUCUGAAAAAUGAUCUAAAGCACUUUUUACACACACUUCCAGCAGCCUUUUUCUUUAACAAGUAAAGCUGGGAAUUUGAAACGCGCGCUCUCACAUGGGGAGUCAUUUUACCGUUCCUACGGGAAUUUUCUAUAAAUUUGCUGAAACACUCUUUGAUGGACCGGGAAUCGAUCCCACAUAGUGGCUAUCUGCGCAAACUUUUCGUUUUGGAAAUAUGAAUUUUUAAAGUUUUAAUCGGUUAACACGUGACCUUGUUGUGAAGGAAUGUGGCCGCGCCGACAACCACCGAAUGGCAGAUAGGUGCGUGGUGCAGUCAGUAGCGAUGUAGGCUGCGGAGCCCAUGACGAAGGUUCGUAAACUUUUGCCGCUAACUUUUUUUUGCCGGUUUUUUUUAAGUUAUGAGGAAAUACAGAAUUUUUAGGACCAAAAACGUUUCAACCAAGUUCGAUAGCUCUCAAGUAUACAUAAAAGUGAACUUUAGUAUUAAUUUCAUUCUGAAAAAAACUCAUGACGUUGUAGAAGGCAUCACAUAAUGAGGGGACUUUCAAUGAAAACUUGUGCAAGCUGGAAAAUUUCGCAAUUAAGACAUGCCAAGGUCUUAUAUGAGGUUUUGGCGUUUUUCUCUAAUUUAUCUCAGUUUUUUUUUUCAUGAAAAGUCUCUUGAUGCUGUGAAGACCUCUGCAGAUUCGAGGUUUUUCUAAAAUUCUCAUAUACAAAAAGUGCACUUAUUCAUGAAAAAAUAGCUACCGGAUCUUUUUGGUACGAUUUUGGUUCUAGAAAUUCCGUAUUUCCAUCAUAACUUCAAAAAAAGAUCGGCAAACAAAAGUUAGCGGAAAAAGGAUUCGAACCCUCGUCAUAGGCUCCGCAGACUAAUUCGAUACUGACUGCACCACGCACCUAUCUGCCAUUCGGUGGUUGUCGGCGCGGCCACAUUCCUUUACAACAAGGUCACGUGUUAACCGAUGAAAACUCUAAAGUAAAUUCGAAUUUUUUCGGUGGUAUGAAAAAAACACCGGCGAAAAUUCAAACGGCGACUUUUCCGAUUUUUUCAUAUCGCUAGGGAACUUUCCGACGGCCACCUUUCCGACGAAACUUUUUCCGACUUUUUUUUCUCGAUAAACUCUUCGUUUUACAUCUUCCUAUAUAAAGUAGGUAGUUUGUACAUGAUUAAAAACACAAAGAAAUAGGUAAAAAAAAUGUUCAUAGAUGUUUUAUAAACCGAAAAGCAUAAGGGAAAAAAGUCGGAAAAAGUUUCGUCGGAAAGGUGGCCGUCGGAAAGUUCCCUAGCGAAAUGAAAAAAUCGGAAAAGUCGCCGUUUGAAUUUUCGCUGGUGUUUUUUUCAUACCACCAUUUUUUCACAGGUGGUAGAACUUUUGGCAAUUUUUACUCCAGCUGAGGCCCCGCUUUAGCACAGCUGUGUCACCUAUUUUUUCUUACAUCCGUUUUUCUCCUUUUUUACCACAACUAAGACUCAAAUGGCCUCAAAAACACGGGUUUAUUACGGGCAUACCCGUUGAGGCAUCUGACCAGCAUGCGACAAAUUGGGGUUCAUUUCAUUGGAGUAUUUCGGAGACAAAAAAGAACAAUUAAAUUAGGUAUUCGGCUUCACAAUGAUCAUCAUUAUUGAAGAAAAACUUUUCUUGAAGCGGAGCAGAAAAUUUUGAAAAAAAGACUAUUUCAGAGCAUUUUUGUGCACAGUUUCGUUUCUCCAAAGAAAAUGACUUUAUUUGCGACAACGAUGCAAAUUUGUAGCCAUUGACCCCUGCGGAAGAUCUUUCGCCGUACGCUCAAACCAAGGAACCAAGUCCUCCAGUCAGCCUUGCCAACACGGAUUUGGUUGGUGCUUUUUAGCGAGAAGUUUUCUUAUGGCGUGUUCAUCGGAAAAAAAAAACGAAAAUUGUUCCGAAACGCAAGAGGUUUGCUCCAAGACAAAAGCUCUGAACUGGAGCGUCUUGAGACGCGUUCGACUGUUCCUCAUGCUAUUUCUUCACUCUUUGACUGCUAAAAAACGACGAAUUACCAUACGGAAGAGAAAUAUUCGGGGGCGCCUUGAGUCGCUUCAGAGGCCGUAUGCAAUAAAGUGGAAAAUGAUUUUCCGCCGUUUUCCUGAAAAUAGAAAAGGUCUAAAACUUGCUAGAAAUCAUUAAUUUCGAUUAUAUCUGGCGAAUUUUAGCAAUUUUCGAGUUUCAGAAAAAUGGCGGAAAAUCAUUUCCCAUUUUAUUGCAUACGGCCUCAGUUCAGAGAAUUAGUACUUUUUUGAAACUUCGUGCGCCGAUGAACACGCUUUUGUGUUUUGAAACAUGUUGUGUUUAUCCGAUGAACAUGUCAUUAGAAAUUGAAGCUUUUAUCAGGAAUCUAAUGCGGACAGCGCACCGGAGUUGAUUACCGAAUCUGCUUAUGCAAAUGAGGUUUGACUUGAGAGUAAAAAGUGGUUUCUUUUACUUUUAGUCAAAAUUUCGUGUCCAUAGAUGCACUUUCACUUUUACCUCAAUGUUAUCUUUGAAAAAAGAUUCACAUUUCAUCGUUUCUAUUUUUUGUCGGAAUUGAAAAGAUUUCGACCGGAAACGUGUUUGAAAUUUAAAAUAGCAUCGAAAUUUUCUCAAUAAUUUUCUUUUAAUAGUCAAACAUUUUAUGUUAGUUUGGUUUUUAUCGAAACAUCUUCAUUGAUUCAAGUGUUAGGGCACGAGCGCGUUUUUUUCAUUUUGAUUUUUGAACUUCAUCCAGUGAUUUAUAACGAUAGGAGGCGGUUGAAAUGCAUCAGCGAUAGGAAAAAAAAAAAUUAAAUUAGAAAGCACAUGAGCUAUUUGAAAAAAAUCGCUCUUUUUUUCUAGCAGCACUUGUGAUUUUUUUCUCUAACUCCAAACACUUGAACACUUGGUGACGUGAAAAAAACUUUUAUGAUAAUAAUAAUAUGAAGUGGAAUUGCCAGGAUGCCAAACUUGUACCACUCGCCACACGAAUCAGUUUGGAUUCGGAGCCGAGCGAUUUCGAAAAAGUGACUGAUCGUUUUAUUUUUCAUUCCUAUUUUUUAUGAUGAACAUUUUUCACUAGCCUUCAAUAAAUUUAGUUUUUGUGUUGCAGGUCGAUCGUGAAGAUGCGAAAAGCGACGUCGUGACGUCGAAUCCAGCAAUUUCCGGCCUCGCUGCUGCUAUCCAAGUCAAUGUCAGAUAUUGUCUUCGGAGUUUCCUCUUUUUUCCCUGCUGAAAAGCCCCGACAUCACACGAGUUAUCAGGGGAUAUUCAGACGGAUCAACCAGAGGAGCAUCCGGCUUUGGCGGCGGCCGCGUCUCCGGCGCCUUUUAUAGUCGACGCGUCGCCCAAAGACGCCGUCGUGGCGAAGCCCAUCCAAACGCCCGUUGCCCGCAAAGAUGACUUUUCUACUUGGCUCGAUGAGAAUCAAACGCUUGUGAGUAACUAUUAAUAUCUAGUUUUUUUUAGGAAUGCCAGAGUGGUCCUUAUAUGGCUUAGGGGAACAAAAAGCCCUACAGGGGCCGAAAAAGUGGUCCCUAUAGGGGUUUAGAGUAUGAACCCUUACCAAAUUAAGCUCAAAUUGUGCCGAAAAAGUGGUCCAUAUAGGGGCUUAGAGUCUGACCCCUUACCAAAAUUAAGCUCAAGUUGUCCCUACAGUGGUCACUCAGGGGACCCUCCAAGGGCUUCUAAGGUUGCCCCUAUAGAGACCACUCUGAAGUUCCUAAGUUAGAUCAUCUUCACCGAGGUCCUCCCUUUUUCAAGUAGUGAAGAAAUUGCAGGUUCGAAAUGUUUCCACAGCGGCCGCAGUUGCAGGGAUUGCCGGACUUGGAUAUUUGGUUUACUCGCGCAAGUUUAAAUGA